ACUCAAUGAAUGCCUUGUCGCGCCGUGAAGAAGAAACAUUACUCAAGGCCACAAAAGCCCGUGCUCUCAGGGAAUGCGAUCCAGUAGUUAAAGAUUUUGCAGCAUGUGCCUCGGGUCGCACCGUGUCUGUUGCGUGGGCUUGUAGAGACAAGCUCAAGUCUGUUCAGGAAUGCAUGGUCCAAUUGUAA